UUACUGUCUGCCAUGACCGUCCUCUACAAUACGAGACUGUAUUCUUUGUACCUCCCCUUUCUCGCCCUCAGUCUGUGCAUCCCAGCCUCCCUUCCUAGAUAUCCAUCCCACACCUCUCCACCCGCAAACGGCUCCUACGGUGAGAAAAAAAAAGAGAGCAGAACAGUUUCAAACACGUCGGCAUAAAUCUCCCAUCCAGAGCUCCCUUUUUCCUCCUUCCCCUCCUGACGGACUUCAUGACUUUAUUCCUCUGCGCGCCAAUGCCCGAGACCACGCCGAAACGGAGGAUUUUUUUCCCUUGAGCAUGAAAAGGAUUGCCAAAUCAUCCGCAAUCCAACAUCACCGACUGAGCCACCAGCAUGAGCACUGGAUACAUAUGCUCCAGCAGAAGUUGUUGGCUAGAGAACUAAGAAAUCUUGGACCACAAAUACAGCUAAGAGGGGAGAGUCAGUUUUAGGUCUCCACACAAUGGAGCGAGAAUGAACAGAGAGCGGCUUAAAAAAAAGCAUGAACUGGAGGUUUAUUGAGGUCAUCUGCUUCCUGUUUAUAUGGGACCAUAUAACAGUUCAGUCUUCCCGCCAGGACCCGUUGGCCACUGAACAACAUGUCACCAAGCAAUAUGACUGGCUCAUCUCUGACCGUGGACCUUUCCACCACUCUCGGAGUUAUCUGUCCUUUGUGGACAAAUUCCGCCAAGGAUUUACGACCAGAUAUAAAAUUUAUAGGGAAUUUGCACGUUGGAAGGUGAGGAACACAGCGAUCGAGAGAAGGGACCUGAUCCGGAACCCUGUGCCACUCAUGCCUGAGUUCCAGCGCAGCGUACGCUUGCUGGGCCGCAGACCCACCACUCAGCAGUUCAUCGACACCAUCAUUAAGAAAUAUGGAACUCACAUUCUCAUCUCAGCCACCCUGGGAGGAGAGGAGGCACUGACUAUGUACCUGGCCAAAAACAAGCUGGACAGGAAGCUCGCCAACGCUACUCAGAAUGUGGAAGCCCUUCAUCAGCUGGCCUCGUCCUACUUCAUUGACCGCGACGGCACAAUGAGGAAGCUGCAUGAGAUCCAAAUUUCCACCAAUGCCAUCAAGGUGACAGAGACACGGACGGGCCCACUGGGAUGCAGUAGCUAUGACAAUCUGGACUCAGUUAGCUCUAUCCUUCUGCAGAGCCCUGAGAGCAAGCUUCAUCUGCAAGGUCUUCAGGUCAUUUUCCCAGAAUACCUGCAGGAGAAAUUUGUCCAGUCAGCCCUGAGCUACAUUAUGUGUAAUGGAGAGGGGGAGUACAUGUGCAGCAACAACCAGUGCAUCUGUCAGUGCGCCGAGGAGUAUCCCCAAUGCAACUGUCCCAUUACUGACAUCCAGAUCAUGGAGAACACCCUGUUGGGGAUGUCUGAGUCCUGGGCAUCCUCUUAUAAGGACUUUGAGAACUCUGACGAGUUCAAGUCCUUCCUGAAAAGGCUGCCCUCCACUCACUUCCUGCCCAUCAGCAGUGUGCAUCUCCUGUGGGGCAGCGACUGGGACCUUCAGGCCCGCUACAGGCUACUUCAGAGUUCCCUGGAGAUCCAGCGGCUCAAGAUCCAGCGCACCGCCCGCAAGCUCUUUGGCCUCAGCAUCCGUUGUCACCACAACCCCAACCACCAGAUGCCUAGGGAGAGAUCUGUGAUGCAGUGGCUCAACAGGGUUCAGUCCUUCCUCUACUGCAAUGAGAACGGUUUCUGGGGGACCUUCCUGGAGAGCCAAAGGACAUGCGUUUGCCACACGGGUGUCACCUUAUGCCAGCGACCCAUCCCAUGUGUCAUAGGCGGCAACAACAGCUGUGCCAUGUGCAGCCUGGCCAACAUCUCCCAAUGUGGCUCCUGCAACAAGGGCUACAAGUUGUACCGCGGUCGCUGCGAGCCCCAGAAUGUGGACUCAGAACGCAGCGAGCAGUUCAUCAGCUUUGAAACUGAUCUGGACUUUCAGGACCUGGAACUCAAAUACCUGUUGCAGAAAAUGGAUUCGCGACUGUACAUUCACACCACUUUCAUCAGUAAUGAGAUCCGUCUAGAGACCUUCUUUGACCCUCGAUGGCGCAAACGCAUGUCCCUGACUCUCAAGAGUAACAAAAACCGGAUGGACUACCUCCACAUGAUAAUUGGUCUAUCGAUGAAGAUCUGCCAAAUGCGAAAUAGCAGCAUUGACCCCAUGUUCUUUGUCUAUGUCAACCCAUUCAGUGGCAGCCACUCAGAAGGCUGGAGCAUGCCCUUUGGGGAACAUGGUUACCCACGCUGGGAAAAAGUACGGCUGCAGAACUCCCAGUGCUUCAACUGGACUCUCCUGCUGGGCAACCGGUGGAAGACCUUCUUCGAGACGGUGCACAUCUACCUGCGUAGCCGCGCUAAGAUCCCAACUGGCCUACGCAAUGACACAGGACAGGGUCCAGUGGACCUUGGAGACCCUAACAAGCGGCAGAUCUACAUAAAAAUAUCUGAUAUCCAAGUGUUCGGCUACAGCCUGCGCUUUAAUGCCGACCUGCUCCGUAGUGCCGUGCAGCAGGUUAACCAGUCGUACACACAAGGAACUCAGUUCUACUCAUCCUCAUCUGUAAUGCUCUUGUUGCUGGACAUUCGGGAUCGGAUUAACCGCCUUGCCCCUCCAUCUGCACCUGGCAAACCCCAGCUGGACCUCUUCUCUUGUAUGCUAAAGCAUAGGCUCAAGCUCAACAACAGCGAGAUGAUUCGAGUAAAUCAUGCCUUGGACAUGUACAGCACAGAGAUACUAAAACAAUCAGAUCACCUGACUGCUAAACUCUGUUGAACAUAGUAACAUUAACCUAAGGACAGUGAAGAGAAACACCCAACAAAUGAAUUACGAGGGGAUAUUAAUCUUAAUUUUGUUUUCUCUUUUUCAUUUUUUGGACCUUUUCUGCCUUUUGAUGUAAUAUUAACUUUGUAAGCAUAAUUCUUAAAGAGAUAAAGGAAAAAGGCAGUGAUGAAAAGCAUUUCAGAUAAAGAUAAAGAAGAUUAAUGGAACCACUAUAAAGACUGUAUCAUAUGUGUCCCAGCAUGUCUGUCAUUCCCUAAAAGAACUUAAAAGAGAGAGAGACAAAAAAAGAAAAAAAAAAAAGAAAUAUUAAAUCUACGUACUGGUGAAAAAGAGGCCUUGAUUUUACUCCGAGGGAUCAAAGGUUAUAUCUGAAACUGCCAUUCUUUACAGAGAAAAAAAAAAAAAAACAUUUUUAAAGGAAUAAUGAUAUAACACAAGGGCAGACCAGAUAUCCUUUUAUUUCAGCUAAUGUGCAAAAUAUUUCAGACAUAACGGACAGUUUAAUAUUAAAACAUGUUUAUACAUUGUAAGGAUUAAAUAGCCCUAGUGAGUAAGUAGUCAACACAUUACUUAUAGACUCUUUAUUACAUUUCAAUCCCACGGCGAAUCUGCAUUGCUCUUUGUGAGUUAUGAGGCACUCUGUCAUUGUUCUGACACAUAAGGCACACAGCGGGGCAGUAAUGGAUAGUCAUGUCAAAUAACAAAAGCCAGCUGUUUAUAUAUACAUAUAUAUGUGGGUGAAUGUAUGUGUGCGUGCGCGUGUGCAAAUGUGCGUAUACCUUCUUUUGGCUUGAUGCUUAUUGCUGUUCGUUAAUUGAAUGUGUCAUUUGAGAUUGACUCCAGUCUAAGCAAAAUCUUGCAUUUGGAGCGCUUCUUCCCGUGUUUGAAAUUCAAGCUGUGUUUUUCACAAGGCAGUACCUCCUGGUGCGUGAGUGCAAUAUUGUGGUCUGAAGAUUUAACAAUCAAUGCUAUUUUGUACAGCUUUGCAAAAUGUACAUGUUGUGACUGCUGAUUUGUGGAGCUUUUCAGCACCAAGAGCAAAAUGUAAACAUUCAUCAUUCAGGCACAUUUGCAAGACAACUUAAAGCCAUACACUUCCCUGAGGUAGACAUACAGUAAGACAUAAAGGUCAUCCCCGUUUCACACAAGUACUUACAUUAAAAAGAAAUGUUCCAUUUGUAUGUUUUUAUUUUACUCUCUCCAUUUUUAGAUAAGAGCACAGCAAAAAGGGAGAUGACAAGAGAAGGCAUAUUGUGUUGGAUAAGAAUCGUGUUGUAAAGCCAUUGAAUUUCUCUGUUGUGCCACAGGAAAAAAAAAAUAUAAGAAAAAAACAAAUGGUUAUAUUAAAGCUUAAAAUACCUUUUUGGCAGUGUUUAAUCUGUAAGCUUUUUAUGACCACAUGUAAAGGUUUUUUCUUUCCAGAAAUGAAAUUUAACCUUGUUUUGCAUGUUGCUGGAAACAUCGACAGAGCUGCAACUGUGUUGAACACUCAAUCAUCAAAGUGAAAUAUGAAACACUACCUAUGUAUCGUUGGUCACACUUUAUUUGGGUAAUCUGAUGCUGAAACAUAUGCUAUUGCUGGUGAGUUUUUGUAGGUCCAGUCCAUUCCCUGCAUGUUUGUUACCAACAACAAAGGCAAGGUCACUCAUGUCAUAUAAUCUAGCUGUUCUAGCCAUUGAUGAGUUUGAAUCAAAAAGAGAACACACAACAUUUGCUGCCAUAGCAGCCAAACUCUGGAAAAACCUUCCCCUAGUGUAAAAGCUGCCAGCCCAGUUGCUACUUAUAGAAGACACACCUAAACACUCACACUUUCCCAGUUUUUCCAACCCUGUUUCACUCCUAAUUAAUCAAAUACUGACACUUAGGCAGUGGCCCUCGGCAUCAGAUUCCGACACACUGAGGUACCCUUUAGCAGCGGUAAGAGACGUGUGGGGCAGCGGCAUUUUUUGACACUCCAAGCACGUGUCAUAGUAUUAAGAGCAAGAAAGUUUGCACACGGUAAGCCGGAGAGGUGAUGGAUGGGUCAAGCAAACUCUGGACUUUCACCCAGGAUACCAUCGUUCGUUUUCCAUGUGAAACCCAAAGUCAGCAGAGUUAUUUUAAUAACAAUGUAGUCUGCUAGUACAUGUAGCAUACUACACUAGUGAUGUAUAUCACGUGAGUUUACAUUACGGUCGUAACAAACAUACUUAUUUUAAGCCAAACCAUUAUGUUUUUUUCUUUUAAACUUUUCUAGACUUAGAGAGUCCGCAUGGGGCAGUAAGGAGGGGAGAUGGAUGGAUCAAGCAAAUUUUCACCAAGAAGACCUCUGUUCGUCUCCCAUGUGAAACCAAAAGUCAACCAAUUUAUUUUAAAAACAAUGCAGUGUGCUAGUACGUAUAGCAUACUACGCUAGUAACAUAUGCCAAGUGACAUAUGUGACAUAUGUCAUGUACAUUAGUUACAAACUUAUUUUAAGCCAAACCAUAAUGUCUUUUUCUAUACCUAACUACAUACUUUUGUUGCCUACACCCAAGGAAAUCAGCCUAAAAUGAAAUUUUAUACCUAUGUUGUAAGUUUACUUUGAAAAGAGGCUGUAUACAUUUAACAAGCAAAAACUGUACAAUGCCUUUGAAAUGGAAGAUUAUUUUAAAAUGCAUGCAACAAAUGUAAAUUGACCAAGAACAUCCAAAUCUGAUCUAGGAGGGGUACCUAGAGCAUCAUAGUUUGACAAGUAGGGCCAUGCACCAAGCACUUGUAUUUGACGAAUUGGGAGUGAGAAUGUGUUGGUUUUAUUUGUUUGGUUUUUUAUUGUUUUUAUGUCUGUUAAUAUCUUGUUGUAGUUGUAGUUUGCCUUGGUAUUUUUGUUUCAUUUUAUGUUCUUUUAAAUAACUGUUGCUUUUUUUUUUACAGUGUGAUGAGACUAGUCUUGUGGGGUCAGAUGUAAGCAGAAGUAUGUAAUGUAUCUGAGAACAACCAUGGUGGGUUGUGGGUUGUGGGUGGGAAAACCUAUGAAACAGGAGACCAGGUUGAGAAUUCCUCAACCAAUCCAACACCAUUUGAAAACAGUGGUCCAGCAGCCCUGAAACAAAACCUGUUCCUGAUUCUGAAUGGAUGUAGCUUUGUCAGCUGCAGAUUUGACUGCAUCCACAAUCACAGCCUCAAUAGUUGUCUCCAGAUGUGCAUUCUUGUCAUGAUGUAUUAACAGAAUCAUGUCUGGCUUUGUGUGGCGAUGAUUGUCCUUAUGUUUUACUUUACUGUCGUCAGUCUUUCUGUGAAGCACUUUUAACGCUUGACAAGUGCUUUACAAAUAACAACGUAGUUAAGUAACAGUAAUGCAUCACUACAAAUCUAAUCAGUUUCAGGUGAUUUAGUUGCAAAAUAAUUAGCUGAUUUCCAGUGAAUGGGUUAGCCCAUUUGUGGUGGCCAGUUCAGGGUACCUGGGGCUCAGGCUGUCAGACUCAGCUCUGUUGUCAAAUUAAUCUCACGGUACAAUACUUUCAUCAAUCUGUAUCCUUUAUCAGGUUAAUGGCUCAACAUGUGUAAAGGUGGAUUUAGUGAGCGGGCAGUUACCUCUGCAGUGCUAUUGUUUCCAAUUUGCAUAGGAUGGCAGCAAUGCCUCGAGGUAAGCAGCAAGGAGAGGCAGGGCAUCUGGAAUGGGUGAUAUCAGUGAAGUGUACUGUAUCGAGACCAGAUAGUAAGCUAUCUUAAAAGUCCUUGGUAGUGAAGUUUAUCAGGCCCCAGUAAGACUUUUGAGCUAAUUAGCAUGCUAAUGUUAACAUGGUACACUUUUGCAAAUAUAUUAGCAUCCAUGGCAUUACUGAUGUAAUAUUAGCAUGCUAACAGGACCUCCUAAUGGUUUUGAUUAGAGCUGAUUUUGACACACUGAAGCUAACAAGCCUGAGAUGGCCACGAGCCUACAGUCAGUGGAGAUGCAGUAAACAGGGGACUUGAUUGUUCAGCAUUAACAUUGGACUAUCCAAAUGAAUUGUUACCUUAUUAUUAUGAUUAUUAUCAGUAUUAUUAUUAUUAUUAAGUGCCUGUUAUCUAUCCCUUUAACACAUUUAGAGCUGGAGAAGUUACACAGAAGAGUGACACUGAAUUAGCUUCAGAAUUUACGACCAUAGAUGUUGAUCAAAUAUAUACACACAAGGAGGUUUUGUGCAUGUGGGGAAAUCAACCACCGGACAGAGGGUCAAAAGGAUGACUUGAAGUAAGGGUUGAUAUUUUUUUUGGUCCCCUGUUGUACAAUAUAUCUGUAAAUAUUAAUUCUGUUACAGUAACAACACUCUGCUACAGUAACAAUAUUAUAAAAUAUAACAGUAUUGAAAGGGAGUACAAAGACUACUUCAAGAAAAAAAAAGCCCUCCAUUUGAGUACAUCAGCACAAAGUACAGGGCACCCAUGUCUUAUGUAUCUAAUUAGAUUCAUGACAAUUUAUGACUGUUUUUAUAUUGUCAAAACAUACUGUACAUUUCAAUUUAGUUUCCAGCCACUGCAAGGUCCAUAAAACAAGCACAUUUACUCGUAUGGCAUUACGCUACCACAGUGUUGCUUACAUGUAUCCAUGGAUUUGUCUGAAGAUUUUUACACCUAAUACCUUGCCUAUGUACUUUUUUGCUGUUCUGUUGAGAUCAUUAUAUCAGCUUAUUUCAAAUGAAUGUUUCAUAUAAUAAUCUAUUUCUCAU